AUGGUUUUAGCGGAGUUAGGAGGGAGGAUUACCUGCGCUAUAAGGAAGAUGAACAACGUGACAAUUAUCGAUGAAAAGUCUCUUAACGAAUGCUUGAACGAGAUCACUCGUGCUCUGCUUCAAUCCGAUGUUUCUUUUCCUCUUGUGAAGAACAUGCAAACCAAUAUCAAGAACAUCGUCAAUCUCCAAGAUCUUGCAGUUGGUCACAACAAACGAAAGAUCAUUGAACAGGCUAUCUUCAGUGAACUCUGUAAGAUGCUUGAUCCAGGAAAGCCUGUCUUUAACCCUAAAAAGACCAAACCUAGUGUUGUUAUGUUUGUUGGAUUACAAGGUUCUGGUAAAACCACUACUUGUACCAAGUAUGCUUAUCAUCAUCAGAAGAAAGGGUUUAAACCGGCUUUAGUGUGUGCGGAUACUUUCAGAGCUGGUGCUUUUGAUCAGCUGAAACAGAAUGCAACCAAAGCUAAGAUCCCUUUUUAUGGAAGCUAUACGGAGUCUGAUCCUGUGAAGAUUGCUGUUGAAGGAGUUGAUAGGUUCAAGAAAGAGAAUUGUGAUCUUAUUAUUGUUGAUACUAGUGGUCGACAUAAACAAGAAGCUUCUCUCUUUGAAGAAAUGCGUCAAGUUGCCGAAGCGACGAAACCAGACCUUGUUAUAUUUGUUAUGGAUAGUAGUAUUGGUCAAGCUGCAUUUGAUCAAGCUCAAGCAUUUAAGCAAAGUGUUUCUGUUGGAGCUGUAAUUAUUACUAAGAUGGAUGGUCAUGCCAAAGGUGGUGGUGCUCUUAGCGCUGUUGCAGCUACGAAAAGUCCGAUUAUAUUCAUAGGAACAGGAGAACAUAUGGAUGAGUUUGAAGUGUUUGAAGCCAAACCAUUCGUUAGUCGUCUCUUAGGAAUGGGUGAUUUGUCUGGACUGGUGGAUAAACUACAAGCGGUAGUACCUAAGGAACAACAAACUACACUUGUGGAGAAUCUUUCUCAGGGUAACUUUACAUUGAGAAUUAUGUACGACCAGUUCCAGAGCUUGAUGAAUUUCCCACUUAAGGAGUUAUACUCGAUGCUUCCUGGAAUUAGCGCUGAAUUGAUGCCGAAAGGACAUGAGGAAGAAAGCCGCGCGAAAAUGAAGCGAUACAUGACAAUCAUGGAUUCUAUGACAAAUGAAGAACUAGAUAGCUCAAAUCCAAAGGUGUUUAGCGAGACGAGGAUGAUGCGUAUAGCAAGAGGAUCGGGGAGGAUUGUAAGUGAAGUAAUGGAGAUGUUGAAUGAGUACAAGAAGCUAGCAACUACAUUUGGGAAGGGCAAAGGACAGAACAUGAGCAAGAUCCUACCGCCACAGUUGCUCAAGCAAAUUGGCGGCACGGGCGGUCUGCAGAGUUUCAUGAAACAGCUCGGUUCGAGCAAGGACCUCAUGGGAAUGUUCGGUGGCCGAAACAACUAG